CUCCCGAGACUCGGCUCUCCGCCUCCUCCUGUACGAAAGUGCCCGAGCGCUGCCGGACGGGUUGAUCGGGGCCUCGGCCGCGGAUCGGAAUCAACUCCCGAAGCGCGGGCGGUCGGGCGCCUUCGGGAGCAGAAGCGAAAAUGGCCGAAGGGACGCGAAUAGCGCGGAGCCGAGAGACUGCCGGGAUCGCGGCGGACUAGGCGGGCGGGGCCGGGCGGCAAGAUGGCUGCCGCGGGGCGAGGGAGAGCUGCGUCCGCCGUGGUAUCCUUCUGCCGUGCCCACGUGCCCCCAGCGCGCCUCAGGCCCCCACAGCACGGUUCCUGGGGGCCGGUUUGCCGGACUCACGAAGUCAGCUCCGGUUUGUAACUUGGGCCCAGAUCAGGGUGAUGCCCCCAGGGAAGCCUGGCCACCCUGCCUGCAGUCACCAGGGACGAGCCCAGCCCUCUGGCUCCAGGCCAGGGUGUCUGCAACACUGGAGGAGCAUGGGCAGAAGCCCCCACAGGCAGGGAGCCGCUGGCCGGGUCCCCGUGGCCACCCGCAGGUGCCUACACUUGACCUGCCUGUUUCGGGCACCUGCGAAGAUGGGGCGAAGCUCGCCCUGUGUUCAGGUCUGCGAGUCCUUAACUGCUGGCCAGCUCUCGUCCGUGUCCCUGCAGGUGCUGCUCUACCUGAGUGCAGCGUAUUGCGCCCUGUAUUUCCUGGCUACACUGCUGCUGAUCGUAUAUAAAAGUCAGGUUUUCAGUUAUCCUUGUCCUUAUCUGGCCCUCGACCUGACUCUGCUGUUUCUGAUGGGGAUUCUGGAAGCGGUCCGGCUGUACCUGGGCACCAAGGGCAACCUGAUGGAGGCAGAAGUGCCGCUGGCCAGCAGCCUGGUCCUCACGGCAGGCGGCGCCCUGCUGUCCACCCACUUCCUGCUCUGGCAGACCCUGGUGCUGCGGGCCGACUCCAUCCUCAGCGCUGCGCUCCUGGCUCUCCACGGCCUGGAGGCCAUCCUGCAGCUGGUGGCCAUUGCUGCGUUUGUCAGCUAGGCGGGCAGUGCCCGCCUCUUCCGGCCUGACCGUCCUGCACAGAAGCCCCCACCUGGGAACUCGGCCGCCCCCUCCCCCAUUGCUGGAUGCGGAGGGUGCCGGUGUGGGGAGGUUGGAUGUUUUGGAGUGGUUUAGGAAUUGUGGGUGGUGGGGGUGGUCAGGAGCCCAGGGCAGAAGAGAGAGCCGGGGGAGUUGCUGGCAACAGCUGCGGGAAGGGUCAGGAGCUGCCCGGCCAUCUCCCUGGGGACCUUGGGAACAUCUGCCCAUUUUUGGCUGGUGAGGAUCUCCCUUCAGUAGCUGCCCUGACAUCCGACACCCAGAAGGGCAACGAGGCCCUUGGGAAAGGAGGGAGCUGUGGCCACAAACCACCUUUCCCUCCCAGGAGAAGCAGCCUCCUGCCCAUGUCCAGCCGGUUCCCUCGUGGGUGCGAGGACGCAGGCCGGGGUGGUGUGGGGAGCCCGUGGGCCCUGGUGUCUGGGGGGACGUUCGCAGCUGCGGCUUCUGAAGGAGGGCCAGCUGAGGCCUGGGCACUGACGGGAGGGAGGCAGGGAACGGGCCAGCGGCGGAGAACCUUCCGCUGCCCCAGCCUGGUGCCUCGGUGCCCCCACACCCAAGCCUCAGUCAUUAAAAUGCCAGGGACGUUUGCACUCUGUUCUACACAUUCUGUUUGUGACUUUUUCCCAUUCACAGAUUGUAAGGGCUCCAGAAGGACCCUGAGCUCCCGCUCUCCGGUCCCUUCACUUGGUGGUACUGCGUACUAUCCACGUCUGGAGUAACGUGUUUGGAUAUCUGGGUAUUUUCUCUUUACCGUUUUGUGGAAAUAAAGAAAUGUUUAUACCUCGCU